AAAAAGGCAAAGGGACCUGCUACUGUUGAUGGAGUAGAUACAACCAAAAUGAAUAGGGAGCAAUUAGAAAUUUAUGCUCACAAAAUACUUGAAGAAAUGGAACGUGAAAGGGAAGAAAGAAAUUUCUUCCAGUUGGAAAGAGAUAAGAUCAGAACUUUUUGGGAAAUUACAAGACAUCAAUUAGAGGAAGCACAAGCAACUGUCAGAAAUAAAGAACGUGAAAAAGAAGAGCUUGCAGAAAAACAUGAAGCAGAACUUAAAUUAUAUAAACAGAAAGUGAAACAUUUGAUGUACGAACAUGAGACUAACUUAUCAGAAACUAAAGCUGAACAUAUGGUUGCUCUUAAAAUGGCACAGGAUGAUCAUACUCUUCAAGAAAAUGAAUUAAUCAAUGAUAAGAGAGAAUUAAAAAGAUUGCAAAAAGAACAAGAUUUAGCACAUAUGAAUGAAAUAAAAGAACUGAAAUUGCAACAUGCAGCAGAAACAGAUAAAUUAAUAAAACAAUUUGAAACUGAAGCUGCAGAAUUAGAACAAAAAUAUGAACAGAAAUUGGCAAGUCAAUAUGAGUCUCUUACACUGAAACACCGGAUGGAAAUAACUGAAGUGGAAGAGAGGAAAAAUACACAAAUUGCAAAUCUGAUAAAAAACCAUGAAACAGCAUUUGCAGAAAUGAAAACUUAUUACAAUGACAUUACUCUUAACAACUUGUCCUUGAUAAAGAGUAUGAAGGAACAAAUGGAUGUAAUGAGAAGUAACGAGGAGCGAAUGAAGAAACAAGUGCGGGAAUUAACGAAUGAAAAUAAAAAAUAUGCUACUGAUGUAAAGUCGUACGAAGAAUCCUUAGCGAAUUACACUCGUCAACUGGCAAAUUAUGAAAAAGACAAACAAAGCUUAGUUAAUACCAAAAAGAGAUUAGCAAUAACUAGUAAAGACCUGGAAAAUUUAAAAUGGGAAAAUGAAGUAUUAGAAUUACGUUUUGAGAAAUGUCAGUUUGAAAGAGAUGAAUUGCAUUCGAAAUUUGUUUCUGCAAUACUCGAACUUCAACAAAAGACAGGGUUGAAGAAUGUUCUUCUGGAAAAGAAACUUGAAAAGUUAUCAGAUUUAUUGGAGCAACGCGAGGCACAAAUUAGCGAAGUGCUCGCUGCUGCUCAAUUGGACCCAAUGGCUGUUAUUAAUGCUAAUAAAAAAUUAGAGAAUAUGCUGAACAGAAAAAAUAGCGCAAUACAAGAUCUCCAGUAUGAAUUGGUGAAAGUUUGUAAAGCUCAUGACGACUUACUUCGAACAUACGAAGCUAAAUUACACGAAUACGGAAUUCCAAAGAGCGAACUUGGUUUUCAGCCAUUGAGAGCAAAGGCAAUAAGUGCAAAGUUUGGAUUGGGACCUGCUGGUCUUGUUACGUCGAAUCGCUAA